ACUGAAUUUCAAACUGAUGGCUCUCACAUUACAUUUUUGCUAGCCCUUCCCCUGACACUUAAUAAUGACCGGCUCCUAAACAACUUUUGCGACAGCAAUAUUGUUAUUGAUACUUUUGUUGUAGGAGAUAUUGUUAAUGGAGAUCAAGACUGUAAUCGUGAAGACACCGAGGAGACUGAAACUCAGGCAGAUGUUAUCUUUGAGUUUGUUCCAAAAACAAAAUGUGGUGAUGUCAUAUGGGAUACGGAAAACCUUCCAACAGACACUCUUGCAUGGACGCCUGACCAAGACUUGUCCAAUGCUGUAAAACUUCCCUGUGCAGCAGUUUCAAAACAACAACCAUGUGCUAGCGUGGCACCAAUGCUGAUCACUCCACCAACAAGGCAUGUAUUUGUGUCUGCACACAGUGAUGUGAAAGAUCCAACUCUAUCAGGAAAAGACCAAUUAUCAUAUCUUUGUAGCUUGUCGACUGGUAACAUUAAGAGUAGAGGAUUGCCUCACAUUUUCACGGAUCGUGGGAAGUUGGCCAGAAGGCUAUUCCAACUGUCUGAAGGAUGUCCUUCGCCUUUACCUCUUCAAGGCUCUUCUGAUGUAUCUAGACCACUCACCACCGAUGUAUCUAAACCACUCACCACCGAUGUAUCUAAACCACUCACCACCGAUGUAUCUAAACCACUCACCACUGAUGUAUCUAAACCACUCACCACUGAUGUACCUAAACCACUACAUUCAAUGCCUGACCACCGGAGGUAUAAUAAACGAUCGUUAUCUUGUAGUCUUGCAAUCCCAGUUAAGAAGCGGAGAACUGUACAAACUUUUCAUAAACAAUCAGAUUUAUCAGUGUCAUUUGUCGAUGAACCACUGCUUUGCUUGUCACCUCAUCCAGCAGUCAAAUCAAGGCAUGUAUAGUGUUCUGAAUGAGGUGGAGGUAGUUUGUACUAAUUUGUGAUAAUGUGAGCUUAUCGA